AUGGCUGGUAAAAGUUCAAUUACUCAGCCAGCAACAAGACAUGGCACCAGCAAACUGACCAAAUAUGAUUUAGCUGAUCUAGAAUGGACCAAUAGGAUUCCAGAGUGUCCUACAUACUACCCAUCAGACCAUGAGUUUGAGCAUCCUUUAGUUUUUCUGCAGAAAAUAGCUCCUGAGGCUUCUAAAUAUGGUAUAUGCAAAAUUGUUUCUCCAAUUGCAGCCUCUAACCCAGCUGCUUUUGUUUUAAUGAAAGAGAAAAAGGAUUUCAAGUUUGAAACAAACUUACAGCCUCUUCGUCUGUCUAAAUGGAAGGAGAAGGAAACGAUAACCUUUUCUAUGAGUGGCAGAAAAUAUACAUAUCAUGAAUUUGAGGCUCUUGCAAACAAGACAUUUUUCAGUAGAUUUCACUGUUCUGAAGGUCUUUCUUCUUCAUGUGUGGAAAAGUUGUUCUGGCAUGAGAUGAUGCAUGGAGAGAAGGGAACAGUUGAGUAUGGAGUCAAUGUUGAAGGUAGUGCCUUUUCAUGUGAUCCUGAUGACAGGCUUGGAACAAGCAAAUGGAAUUUGAAGAAUUUCUCACGGCUGCUGCAGUCACCCUUACGUUUAGUUGACAGGGAAAUUCCAGGAAUAACUGAUCCUAUGCUUUACAUUGGAAUGCUGUUCAGUAUGUUUGCAUGGCAUGUAGAAGAUCAUUAUUUGUACAGCAUAAAUUAUCAUCACUCAGGUGCAAAUAAAACCUGGUAUGGAGUGCCUGGUUAUGCAGCCUCUCAUUUUGAAAAGACUGUCUUACAACAAGUGUACUGCAAUAAGAUCUUAACAAAACAUGGAGAGCAUGGAGCCUUCAAGUUUCUUGCACAAAAAACAACCAUGUUCCCACCAAAUGUUAUGUUACAACAUGAUGUGGAAGUUUACAAGGCUGUACAGAAACCAGGAGAGUUUAUCAUCACCUUUCCAAGAGCAUAUCAUGCUGGAUUUAGUCAUGGUUUUAACUGUGGAGAAGCAGUAAAUUUUGCCACCGAUGAUUGGUUUCCAUUUGGGGCUGCAGCUAGCAGGCGUUAUGCACUUCUCAGAAUGAUGCCUUUAAUUCCAUAUGAGGAACUUCUUUGUAAAGAAGCAAUGUUAGUUUACAAGUCUUCAAGAGUCAGAAGUUCCAAGAACAAGUUUGAAGACACAGCAUCUUAUAAAGCUAUAGUGCAGCCUUUCUUGCAUCUUAUGCAAUUUUAUAUGACAUCCCUUUUGCGGCUGAAGAAGAGUUCAAGAAACUUGCGAAGUUAUUCAAAUACAUCAGGUUUGCUGAUAUGCCGCAUAUGCCACAGGGAUUGUUAUGUAGCUUACCUGCUAUGCAAGAACUGCUUUUCUCAUCCAAUUUGUCUUUUCCAUGACAUUGCACCAAAUACUUGUGUAUGUGGAAGGUAUUAUUCUAUUUUCAAAAGAAAUGACAUUUUGGAACUGGAAGAAGCUGCCAAAAGUUUUCAACAGAAUAAUCCUUGGCAGCAAGAAAAGAGUGUGAGAGGAACUGCUAAUUCUCCAGGUGCAGCAUCUAAACCGAAAACACAAGUAGCUGACUGCAUUAAGCACAGUGUUGAAAAUAAGACAAAAAUGCUGCAUUGGACAAACAAUGUGCUUCCAUCUGAGAAGGGUACCAAUAGGCCAGAAAUAAUUUAUAACUUGAGAACGGAAAUCAAAUUGAUCCUAUAAAUUCCUGCAACAACUUCUAUGGGCAAAAUCAAACAAUUGAAUCUGAAAAAUUGA